AGCGAGAAUUACUUGGCGGGAGGAAUCCCUGCCACCCUCGGAAACCUCAGUCAAUUGACCUCUCUUCUUCUGUCCUCCAAUGAACUGCGUGGAUCCAUACCUCCGAGUCUUGGAAAGUGCCCAUUGGAUACCUUGAACUUGGCAUUCAACAAGUUAAGCGGUGGGGUGCCAAAAGAGAUCUUUUACAUCCUCAGUCUCACCAAACUCUUCGAUAUUUCACACAAUUCAUUGACAGGAUCACUGCCGCCGGAAAUUGGGAACCUGAGGAACAUCCAAAUUGUGGAUGUCUCCAGCAAUAGAUUGUCGGGUGAAAUUCCAGGCACCAUUGCUCGAUGUGAAGUCCUGCAGUACCUUCACAUGCAAGGGAACUUUUUCCAUGGGCACAUUCCAUCGUCAUUUGGGCAGUUAAAAGGGCUUCGAGUGCUGGACAUUUCAAGCAACGAUUUAUGGGGACGUAUACCAGAUUUUGUCGGGAGCUCUCGGAGCAUGACUUACCUUAAUCUCUCCUACAACAAUCUGGACGGUGAAGUGCCAACGGAUGGGAUUUUCGGAAACGUGAGUGCUUUCUCAGUGUCGGGAAACAUCAAUCUUUGUGGGGGUGUUCCCCAACUUGGAUUGCCCUCAUGCUCCUCAAGGAAGAAGACUUCGUCUGUGAAGUUGAUUGCGAUCAUCUCUGUUGCCGGAGGAAUCUGUUGUGUCAUCUUUCUGAUUUCCUGUUUUGCUGCUCGUUACUGGCCAUGCAAGUCGAGGACACACGACUCCGUCGCCGCUCGCAGCAAAGAUCAACACCGGAAGGUCACUUUUGCUGAGCUAACCAAAGCAACCGAUGGGUUUUCGCCUGCUAACCUUAUUGGCACGGGAAGCUUCGGAUCUGUGUACAGAGGCGUCGUGGAUUGGGAAGACCACAAGGAUGUGGCGGUGAAGGUACUCAACCUGCAGCAAAGAGGAGCUUCAAGAAGCUUCGUAGCUGAAUGUGAAGCUUUGAGAAACACCAGGCAUCGGAAUCUCGUCAAGGCACUAACAUCAUGCUCGGGUGUUGAUUUCGGAGGGAACGACUUCAAAGCUCUAGUGUUUGAGUUCUUACCGAAUGGAAGCCUGGACGAGUGGCUUCAUCCUCCCGAAAGAGACGAACAGGGUUCAUCGAGAAGGCUAAGCCUUAUGCAACGACUGAACAUAUCGAUCGAUGUGGCUUCCGCGUUGGGCUACCUUCAUCACCAUGGCCGCACCCCGAUUGUUCACUGUGAUGUUAAACCGAGCAAUGUUCUUCUGGAUCAUGACAUGGUUGCCCGUUUGGGUGACUUUGGAUUAGCGAGGCUCCUGAACAAAGUUGCCGGCAAGUCAUCGACCAACUCGGUGACGUUGAGAGGGUCGGUCGGUUAUGCUGCUCCAGAGUAUGGGAUGGGCAAUAAGGUCUCUACGGAAGGGGACGUGUACAGUUACGGAACACUCCUGCUAGAGAUGUUCACCGGGAAGCGACCUACGGACGAUGGCUUCAAGGAAGGUCUGAACCUUGGUCGAUACGUUGAGGUGGCACUUUCCAAACGCGUAGUUGACAUCAUCGAUCCCUACUUGUCAUUGCAAGGGGGAGAUGGGGAAGCACGUCACGCAAAUCCAAUGGCAAAUGGAUUAAGCACGAGAGCGGUAGAAUGCGUUGCUUCGGUGCUUACAGUCGGCGUUUUAUGUUCCAAGGAAGCACCUAAACAGCGAAUGCAUAUGGAAGCGGUCGUAAGGGAAUUGCACGACAUCAGGGAUGCGUUUCUGGGACUGCCUCUACUGUGACAGAUUUGGACGGAGUGCCGAUGAGAUCAUCUACUAUUUUGCAUUUAUCAGACAAUUCAGAUUAGAAAAUUAAGUCUUUUUUUUUAUUUUCAAAUCUUUAAUAGAUUUUGUCUUGAUGAUCGAAGUCAAUUUUAGUGACCUAUGGUCAACGUCACAACUCUGUAGAAGAAGGCCACCAUUGUUGUAUGUGUUGUCGAUUCACCGGCAGCCUAGUUUGACAACUAAAUUAUAGUUUAUUGA